GUAGACUGCAGGCAGGAAGGCACAUUUUACUGUCUGGGUUGUGUGUGUGGGGGAGGAAUGAAACACCUUAGUAGUACGGUAGGUGGCGCUAAAAACCGGACAGAAGAACAAUGCAGAAGAACACGACACGCCAGACAAACCAAAGAAGAAGACGAAUAAAAGGAAGUAAAACUACGAUGCCCCGCCCCUAACCGCUGUCAAAAUUGAGCAGUUGUAGCCUUCCUCAACCGCCCUCUCCACUUUAACCCCUUUUUAAAAAAAUUAUUUAAACGGGAUUCAAAACUUUACUUGGGGGCCUGGACGAAAGCUACACUCCUAUUCACUCAAAACCGCGUUUGAUGUUGGGAGUUUGUUUUUAGCAUUUAGCUAAUGUCGCUAACGCUCACAAAAGCCAUUUUAGCUUUAAUGGUAGUCUUCUCUAGGUUUAGUGCAUAGAGGUCCAGGUCUGGUUCGGCACUAUGGCUUUCAGGGCUACCAAAGAUUCACCGGAGCUGCCCGAUUUCUCUCUGCUCAAGAGGCUGGCCAGAGAUCAGCUGAUCUACCUUCUCGAACAGCUUCCAGGAAAGAAGGACCUCUUCAUUGAGGCAGACUUGAUGAGCCCCCUGGAUCGUAUUGCCAAUGUUUCCAUUUUAAAGCAACACGACGUUGACAAACUUUACAAAGUAGAAUAUAAGCCUGUUAUUAGCACUUCAGAUCAGCUCUGUUUUCUGAUCCGACCAAGAAUACAAACCGUGAAGUGGAUAUGUGAUAUGGUCAAUGCGGACAAAGCAGCUGGGAAAUGUAGAAGAUAUAAAGUUAUAUUUACUCCGCAGAAGUUUUAUGCAUGUGAGACAGUUCUGGAGGAGCAGGGGGUUUAUGGAGAUGUGACAAUGGAUGAAUGGGCCUUCUACCUGCUUCCUCUGGACAAUGACAUUAUUAGUUUGGAACUCCCAGAAUUUUUUCGGGACAACUUUGUGGCUGGAGACCAGCGUUGGGUGAGGACCGCUGGCAGCGCACUACACCUCCUUCACUCCAUUUACGGGCCAUUUUCAAAGGUUUACGGAAUAGGACGGUGUUCAAAGAUGGCGUAUGAGUCAUGGCGAGAGCAAGUGGAAGAGGGAGACCAAAAGGUUCGGAAGAGUGAAAUAGGAAACGUUUUCCUUAUUGAUAGAGAUGUUGACUUUGUCACCCCCCUGUGCUCACAAGUGGUUUACGAAGGACUUGUGGAUGAUAUAUUUCGAAUCAAAUGUGGCUGUGUGGAAUUCGGGCCAGAUGUUUCCUCCUCAGACAAAAGCAUCAAAGUCAUGUUAAAUUCACAGGAUAAGGUCUUCAAUGAAAUCCGAAAUGAGCAUUUCUCCAAUGUCUUCAGCUUUCUAAGCCAGAAAGCCAGGAAUCUCCAGACUGCGUAUGAUAAGCGUCGAGGGAUGGACAUAAAGCAGAUGAAGACGUUUGUGUCAGAGGAGCUUAAAGGCCUGAAACAAGAACAUCGUCUUCUGAGCCUGCACAUCAGUGCAAGUGAAUCAAUAAUGAAGAAGAAAACAAAACAGGAUUUCCAGGAGCUGUUGAAGACAGAACACUCUUUACUCGAAGGGUUUGAAAUCCGUGAAUGCACUUCUUUCAUCGAGGAGCACAUCAACAGGCAGGUCUCCAUGAUAGAAAGUCUUCGACUGCUUUGUCUCCUGUCUUUAACAGAGAAUGGGCUCCUGCCAAAAGACUAUCGGUCAUUAAAAACACAAUAUUUACAGAGCUAUGGCGUGGAGCACCUGCUGACGUUCGCCAACCUCAGGCAGAUGGGCUUGCUUGUGGAGCAGCAGCAGGGGGAAACACUGACUGUCAUGGAGAACAAAGUGGGUAAACUGGUCAACGACAAAACUGCAGGGAAGCUGACAGAUGCCUUUUCUUCUCUGGCAAAGAAAAGCCAUUUCAGAGCCCUGAGCAGAAAGCUCAACUUGGUACCAAAGUCAGAUGAAGAAUAUGACCUGCGCGUCCCUCGAGACAUGGCUUACAUCUUUAGCGGCGCAUACGUCCCACUGAGCUGCAAGCUCAUCGAACAGGUCUUGGAGCGGGAUGGUUGGACUGGGCUUGAAGAAGUAGUCAGGUUGCUGAAUGGGAAUGAGUUUGUAGUCACAGGCAACAACGGAGCCAAAAACGAGGCACAACGCGUCGUCCUUGUCAUGUUCCUCGGGGGCUGCACCUUCUCUGAGAUCUCUGCUUUACGGUUCCUCGGUAAAGAAAGAGGAUAUACAUUUAUCGUGGUCACGACUGCAAUUACAAACAGUUCAAGACUUUUGGAAGCCUUGCUGGACAACCACGUAUGAUGACGCCCCUCAGCUCAUCUUGGUGGACAUCACAAACAUUCCCGUCACGUGCCGUUAGCCGUCGGCUGUCUGAAAUGGAAUACUUCCCUCCAGUACACUUCAAUAAGUACACUGCACUUAAUUUCUGAGUGCAUUUCCCCCCCGUCCGCUAUGUAGCCAAGAUAGCGAUCACCAUCGCUGCACAUGCUCAUCAUUUGGGGCGUGUCGACUGUAACAUCCGGGUACUGAUGAAGGUGCACUGACGAGUGCGCUUAAAAUGCUAGGUGUAGUUAUGCGAGUGCACCAAUUGAGAGACAGCGCCUCGUCAAACUGUGACAGUCUGCAUACGAAUGUUGACUUGUUGUCAAAGAUUGGAAAAGAAUUGUGUAAAUAAUGCGCAGUGUUCAUAAAUGUUUUAUUACAAUUGUGUUGUCAUUGAAAAGCUUGCCUGGGGUGGAUCAGACAGAACACUCACGUAACCCGGAGGAGAUCAAUACAGAAAAUAAUAUGCAGCUUGAUAGAAAAGGGAUUGCAAGCUUGCUGUGUUUGAUCCUUGCACCCCAGGGGCCAGUUUAUGGGGGCGGUGUUGUUACACAUUGUUUUUAGAUGGAUAGUGGACCUCCAGAGACCCCGCAAAAUAGAUAAGUGGACCAAAUAGGU